AAUGCCGCGGCAUUCACCGAUAUGAUUAUAUUUUAUCAACCUUUUUUUGUUUUUUGGACGUGUUUAAUUGUUUCUUCUUUUUUUUGUUACUUUUUUUUAGCACUCUUUUGGGAAUGAAUUUCAUUUCCUUACGCAGCUAAAAAUGAGCGAUAAAUUUUAUCUUUCUUUUGCGGCAUGCCCAUUGAAGUGUAUCAGACUCCAUCAUUAUCAAGUUCACCCUCAACGCGACAGUGCGUUUCUAGACUGUAAGAUAAGACGGAUGCGGGUGUGCCCAUUUGAAUAACUUUCCGUAGAUUAUGUCGUACUAAACUGAAUUGCAAUCAAUUUUAUUAACUAGUUGAUGUCCUAAUUACAUUUUUUAUAAUUAUAAAUUGCUUUCCCUUUCCGCUCUCUUGCUGACCUUACUCUACAUCUUUUUGAUAGCCCCGCAAUUAAACCCCUAUAUAUGUAUACCCCCGUCAUACGGCCACGAAACGCACUGUCUGCCAACUCCAGCUCCGAACCAGGCCCAAACUCCUCCUGGUCAAAUGGAAUCGGUUGCCGCGGCUAAUGGCUAAUGGCUAAUGGCGAUGCAAAUGAGAUGAAGUGAAAUGUUAGAAACAAUCAAAUCGAAAUCGGCAAUGGAAUAGGAUAGAUACUUGCUCAAUAUACGAAGUUAACGACGGCUCUAAUAGGUUUAAUUAUAUUGGUGUUGUGCGCCUCCCCGAAUCGAUUAUUUUUGUAGCUCUUGAACUUAUUUGAAUUGUAUUUAAAUAAUUGUUGCCUCGAUUCCACUCGUUUCAAUUCGGUUCGGUUCGAUUCGAAUUGACCCCUCGGCUCGACCGUUGAUGAUUAAGCUUUAAAUGUGCUUAGCGAAGUAAGUGUGGAAAUGGAAUAAAGUGCAUGGAAAUUAAGCGCCAAACAAUGUUUGUUGAUUCACCCAUCCCCUCCAAGGAAUCGAGGUAUCAGCCACGAGCAGAGGUGGGUUUGUUUGGGGGCUUGUACCUGUACACUUUCGCUAUCUUCCUCAGGUACAACAGAUACCUCGCCUUUUGCCUUAUCUUUUGGUAACCGUGUAGAGGUGGAUAGUUACUAUGGCUCAUCUGCCGGGAAUUCGAAUGGUUCUACCUCUUCGAUCUAUACCCAAAUGUUAAUUAUAGUACAUUUGACUUACUCCAUCGACUAAGGUACAUUUUAGCUGAGCGCAGGCAUCCAAAACAGAAUCCCAUUCCAUGUCGGAACCCGCCUCUGUUCCUUGGAGAGACAAUUUGUCACCGCGCAUCGAUCAAACACAGGACAUCCCAGUGGCCUGGCAACGGGCGCCAUUGAGACCUGGAUGGCAGGCCAUCAUAACCGCAAGGGAGCGGAGUGAAGCCGCUAAUGUCUGGAGUGCACAUCCAAGUUCAUUAGUCUUGGAUGGGUGCGGAAAAGCUGCUCGACACGAAAUGGAAAGUUUUGGCGAAGUUUCCAGCUGGUGAACGGUCGUAAAUCGCAGCGCGAAAAGCUAAAGGUCUAAAAAUAUCCCGGCACUCGAAGGCAAUCGAUGUGCCCGCAGCUGGCAGAGAUGGGCGAACGCGAGCCGGAGUCGGACGAGGACUGCGAGGUCUAUUUCCUGAAGCCGGUCAACGAGUACAACAUUGUGGACAGGAUCAAGGAGGCCAACAAGGAGCUCUUUGCGCUGGACGACGAGGCUUCCAAUGGCAACGGCAAGGUGACCAAGGUGAAAUUUGCCCUGAAUCUGGAAGAUUACGAGCCCACGGAGCAGCAGAAGGAUCUCAGUCCCAGUCCGCCCGAUGAGCUGCUGCAGCAGUUGACGCAGCUGAAGCUGAAGCCCAUUGCCGAGGAGGAACCAGCGGCUCCAGAAGUGCCCAAGUUGGUAGAGGCACCAGCGCCGAUGGAAGAACCAGAAGUCGAUGAAGUGGAGGAGGAGAUAUGCGAGGAAAUCGUGGACUUGAGUGAGGUUCCGCAACAGCCAGUGGUUCCGGAAGCCACGCCCAUAGAAGAUGAAGACGACUUCUCCGGCGUGGAUGAGGCGGACCUGGAUGACGAUCCUCCGGCUAAGGACUCUUCUGUUCCCGGCUCUCUCCAACUGAGACAGAGCACUUUCGACCAGGAUGACUCCGAUCAGAAGAGUCUUACCAAUCUGCUAACCGAAUCCGAUUGCGAGGAGGAGGAACGCACCCUGAAUGAGGCUCGCCAGAAGCUAAGGGAUGCCUACAAGAAUCUUUACAAGACUUUGGAUCCGAAGCAGCAGGCAACCAUUGACAGGUUGACGGGAGCCGAAACUGAAGUGCCUUUGCCGGCGCCGGUGGUGGCUCCAGUUGAAGUUGAAGAGGAGGACGACCUGUCCAUCAUUGUGGCCAGCUAUAUUCCAGAUGACUUUGAGCUCAACGAGCAGAGCAUUUACUACAAGAAGGAGGAGCCCGAUGAAGUCAAGGAAUCCUGCACCACAUGUCCCAAGGCCACUUCCAAGACCUUCUUCACUUCGCGCAGCUUUAGCUUUCGCCGGCGGGCCAAACCCACGCCCACUCCGUCCUCUGCCUCCGCUUCCACGACAUCACCUUCCGUGCGGAUGAACUAUAAGAUCUGCUGCGAGCACCGUCAUUCAAUUCAGGGCAAGCUUCCAAGGUACACGGGCUACAUGUCCGAGUACGGACUGACUGCCCAGCAACUGCAGCGCCGGGACCAGCAACUGCGGCGAAAGCAGCGCUUCUCCAUGGAGCAGACCAUCAAUCGCAACGAGCAGGAGCUGAAGAAGAUGCAGGACAACGAGCGAGCCUUCACCACCUGGCUGAAGAACAAGAUGCGCUAUCCGAUCAACAAGACCCGCAACAUGUUUGAUGCCCACAAGAGGCGGGGCAGUGUGGCCGCCGCCGGAAGUCCGCGCCAGCAUCCGCAAGCUCAUCCGCAUCUGCACCAGGAGCAGGAGCAGCGUGGAGGACGGCGAAGGCGGCGGCGCGACAGCGGAGAGGAGGAGGUGCACGCCUAUCGACACCUACUCGGCAGCUGGAACAAGUAGAAGUAAUGUAGUUCUUACAUUAGUUUAUUAUAUAAAUGUAUCG